GUAUAAAGUAAAGUAAUUCUAAGAAACACCAAACAACGGAAAACGACGAGUAGUUUUGAUGUCAACAAACGCACAGAAAAUGGAUAAGAGAGCCGCACAAAAACUCGCACAAACACACAACUCUACAAAAAGUCGCACCGCCGAACUGCCAAAUGCUAGUAGCGCACGAAAUGGUGGCUUCUGUGGCGCGCUACAACGAGCGCCACCACCCAUGCCACCGGGUUUGGCGCGACGACUUGCGAACAAGGAAAACUAUGGUAUCGGCAAGGUUAAAGUCAUGUUGCGUGUCUCGGAUGCAUACACCGACACCGAACAGACACAUUUCAUGGCGGUCGAUAAGAAGAAACGUCAAGUGACGCUGACAGAUCCGUCGGCGGCGAGCGCGGUUGCCGCGUCAACGUCACAGGAGCGUGGACCUAUGGUGGCAGCGCCGAAAAUGUUCGCUUUCGAUAGCCUCUUCACGGCGGACGAUCAACAGUCCGAUGUCUGUGCUUCCGCCUUGUCUGAGGUGAUACCCGCCGUGUUGGAAGGUUCAGACGGUUGUCUACUUACGAUUGGUUAUCCGAACUCUGGUCAACCGAAGACCAUGCUGGGUGGCGGCAAUCCGCCCACGGAAUUAGGUGCUAUCCCCUGCGCCAUCUCAUGGCUGUACAAGGGCAUUAAUGAGCGUCGCCAGAAGAGUGGCGCACGUUUUUCAGUGCGCGUCAGUGCGUUGGGUGUCAGCGCUACGAAGCCGGAUUCGAGUUCGAAGGAUUUGUUGGCGGCGCAUGCGACUGAAUCCGAUGACUCUCCCGGCGUGUACUUACGUGACGACUUUCUUGGCGGACCCACCGAGCUGCGUGCACCCACCGCCGAACGUGCCGCUUUGUUCCUAGACGCAGCCCUCGCCGGACGACCACAAGGUGGCCUCGAGCCAGCCAUGAUAUUCACACUGCACGUCUACCAAUACAGCUUGUCUCGCAAAGGCGGAGUGGCCGGCGGACGUAGUCGUUUACAUCUCAUCGAUUUGGGCGGUUGUGCGAACCGCAACGGUGGACUACCACUCUCCGGCAUUGGCAACAUACUAUUGGCGAUAUUGAGUGGACAGAGGCAUCCGCCGAAUAAGGACCAUCCAUUGACGCCGCUGUUGAAAGAUUGUCUGGCGCCGUUGACGUGUCAUGUCGCCAUAAUGGCGCACGUGAUGCAUACGCAGUCACACACGGAUGCCCUCACGACGAUACAAUUAGCUUCACGCAUCCAUCGCAUGCGUCGACGUAAACAUCGCUUCCCGAUGCCAAGUGACAAGACCGGCGUGGGAGGACUGGCGGCGGGUGUUAAUGGAGGCCACCAAUCAACUGGCUCAUCGGCUGGUUCUGGCGCAGAUCCCUCCAGCUCGGAGCUGUCUGCUGACACUGUCAUCUACAUGGGUCCGAGUGAUGAUGCGACGGAUGGCGAACAUCCGCCUGUGUACUUGCCUUCGCUUAGCAGUGGCGACAAUCGUUGUGUGAUGAGUAAAGCGCUAAAGGGUAUUGGAUUGGAAAAGCAGCAACAAUCACCAGCGAAAAGUGCUGCGGGCACACUGAAAAAGACGGCUGUACAGAAAGUCCCACAAAGUCCCACCAUUAAUGCGUCGAGUCGCACAGGCAGUCUGAAACGCGGUCACGUUAACAGUCCCACACCAGCGCAACAACAGCAGAUGCCUCAGCCGACGCCAGCUAACAGCGACCAACAGCAACAACAGUUUUUUUCGCCUGUACACAGCGUUAAAUCGCUCUCACAUUCAGCCUCGUCAUCGAAAAUUGUGGCUGGCAGUCUGCGACACCCCGGCAUGGCUGGUGUGAUGUGUUCAAAAGGCUCAAAUGUGCCAUCGCCUAAGGGCUCGCCACUACGACGACCCGGCGUUGGUGCUGGAGGUACUAGUGCUGCCGCCUCCGCUGAUUUACACGACUGUCCCGGCAGUCCGAUGCGCAAAAUAAGCGAAGAGCAAUGGAUUGACGGGCCGCGUGUAUCGCGCGCAAAGGUAGCCGAAGCGCGUCACUUGAUGCGUGAGGUAAAUCAUGUGAAACAAUGUGAGACAUGGAUUGACGGUCCCAAAUCACAGUCGGCACGCUCGCUGACCGCCGGCAAUUUGCCCACAGCGCCGUCGCAGGUGCAAGGCUACGGCUUCAUGGAUUCGCACAAGAAAUCGAUGAUACGACAGUGGGUAGAGAAUCAGACAUCGCAGGUCUUCCAAACCACUUCGGCGGCGUCGUCGCCUACACACGGCGCCGGCACAGCCGCCCAUCGCGACCAACAAGCGCAGCAUUUGCGCAACAUCACCUACCACAUGUCGCAGUUGAAGCAGAAGUCUCUGGAUGCACCGGAAGAUUUGUACGCGACGAGCACAAGACAAUUACAGCAUCAACAACACAAUACACAACAACAUGCCUCACAACAACAAUUACACAUACAGCAACAAUCCACGCUAGCCAUGGAUCAGCAAUUCUUGCUGUGCGCCAGCGAGGCGGAGUUGGCACAAGCCAUUGCCAUGGGUCUCUCCACAGCCGUGAGCACAACGAACGCCUCAGCGCCAGCGGAGAUACGUGGCUCUAAGCCGUUGUACCAUCAACGCCAGUCCAGCGCCACCGGUUCGCUUGGACUUGCACAGACAACAACAAAAGAUGAGACUGAUUUACAUUCAACGCAUUCGCAUAUCGGCUACGGCACCAUUUCACAGCAACUACUCAACCUCGGCACUUCGGCAGCGUCGGAGCAUGGUGUUGGCGUGAGUGGACAUCAUAGCGAUCGGCAAGCAGAGUGUGAUGAAGACCAGGAUAGUGGUCCAUCGGAGGUGCCACCAGCGUUGCCGCUCAUAGAGCCGUUGGGUUCACGUGAAGUUUCACACGAAAGUCUGCAUCGCAUAUUGUCGAGACAUGUGUCACGCGAAUCCUUGUAUCAGCAACAACAACAUCAACAGCAACAGCAGCAGCGAGAACAGCAACUAGAGCUGCAACACAAUGCACCCUCAAGGCAGUCAUCGCAUCACUACUCCCAGCACAGCAUGGGCAUGUCCGAUUGUGGACUGCAGGUAACAGAGGAGGAGAUAGCGCGCACAAUGGGCGGCGAACAUCCACUGGCGGCACUCAGUCACGUUGACAAUAUGUCCAUUGUGUCCAGCUUCAACAUGGCCGGCGAUGCGUUCAGCGACUGUGCGAUGGGUGAAAGAACGAGAAACCAAUUCGAUCAAUUAGCGCGUUUACGUGAGAUUUUCACCUCACAGCUGGCCAUGGCCGAAGUGACGCCGGUCUUUCGUAGCGGCUGUGACGUUGGCAGCGUGUAUAGUGAGCCGGCAUAUCGCUUCAACACGGGUCCGGGCAGUGUGUGUAGCGAACCGCCGUAUAGGCCACCAAGUCCGAGACAACCCUCACGCAGCCCCAGCCAAGGUAGUCUACCUAGUUUGAAUGGCAUCAUGCAAAUAGCCGGCAUGGAGCAAUAUGCUUCCUUGCGUCAUCCCGACGGUGCUUCCGAUCCGAAUUUGCCAAAAUUGGAGAAACCUUUUGUACUCGAACAUGAAGAUAUCUGCGAAGUAGAUGAAAAAUCCGCAUUACUCUCACCCUCAAAACGACCGUCAUUGGAAAAGGAACACCUACCUGGCGUAGGUGGCGCUGCAAUGCCAUCGACGUCACAAACUCAAUUACCAUUGUUGCCAUUGAACACGAACACAUGUGAAGCUUACGACAGCGGUCACGAUUCAUCAACACCGCGCACUUCAAAACAUUCAGGUAUCUCGCGACGUGCUGAGAGCGGUUAUCACAGCGUGGCGACAGCGAGAGAUAGUGAUGAGAGCAGCUUUACCUCGGGUCUCUCAAAAGAGCAUCACAAUCGCAUAACAAUGGUGAAAAAGAAGCGACAGGACAAGGGGCUGUGUAAUUGGCUGAUGAAUCCAUUCACUUGCACCUAUCCGGAGACCGAAGGUGAGAUUAGCGACUUUUAAAGUGUUAAGCGAAUGAGAGCAAGAAAUAGAGACGAGAGCGGUACUCGAAUUUAUAAUACAUAUGAUAACGGUUAGCGAAGCAGCGCAGCAAAAAGUUGUGGCAAAAAAAUGAGAAUUAGUAAGUAAAAAAAUAAA